GCUGUGCUAUAUACCAAAAGGCCACCGCCUUAGUUUGUUGCGUGUGUUUCAUGACGAACACCAGCACAUUGGUGCAGAAAAGGUUGUUGAACUAAUAUUAAAACAUUUUUGGUUUCCUGGAUUAAGAAAGUUUGUACACAAGUAUAUACAACAUUGUAUUGUUUGUAUUUCUCAUAAAACUGUACCGCGUCAGCCUCUACAACCUAUUGAAUCAUGGAACAAGCCUAACAAACCGUUUGAUACAGUUCACACUGAUGUUUUAGGGCCACUUCCAGAUUCAAAGGGUUUCAAAUAUGUUGUUAUUAAUGUAGACGCAUUUACUAAGUAUUGCCUUUUAUAUUCAAUGCACAAACAAGAUGCGAGCGAGUUAAAGAAAAUUUUUGAAAAUUCAUUUUCACUCUUUGGUGCACCUAGACUUAUAAUUGCUGAUCGUGGUCGCAUGUAUGAGAGUGCAUUAUUUGUUAAUUGGGUUAAGGAAUUGGGCUGUGAGAUGCAUUUCAUUACUCCUGGAAUGCAUCAAAGCAAUGGACAAGUUGAGCGGUAUUGUCGCACGGUAGCAAAUAUGAUUCGUGUAGAAGCAAAUUUCAGACACGAAGAAUGGUCAAAUAUUUUGUGGAAAAUACAGCUCACCUUGAACAUUACUGUACAAAAGUCGAUUCGAUGUUCGCCUUUAAAUUUGUUAAUUGGCAUUGACUGUGCAACGCCGAUCAUACGGUCACUGGUGCGCGAUGUGGCUUUGGAUGCCACAAGUCCAAAUCGCGAAUCGCUACGCGAGCUCGCUCGACAACGUGCUUCUAGACUGUUAGACGAAAAUCGCACUCGGCAAGAUGCUCGUGUAAACGAAAGGCGAAAGGCCCCGCGUUCGUUUUGUAUGGGCGACACGGUGUUUGUGCGUAAAACAAAUCAAACUGCGGGCAAAUUGGAUUCUGGUAUGCGCGGACCAUACGUGGUCAAAAGAGUAUUGCCACAUGAUCGAUAUGAAUUGAAAUUAUUAUCUGGCUCCUUUGGUAAAACUACGCAAGCCGCUGCCGAGUACAUGGUGAAGUGGCAUGGGGAGUGGACUCCCGAUGUGUGUGCUACAUUUUUCGAGGAUGACGAUGACGAAUUACAAGAUAACGGAAAUUCGCAUACCGAACACCAUGAUGUGGAGGCAGAUACAAACGUACCAGCCUUCGCACGCCAGACCAUAGAGCCCCAGCAAGCAUGUUCAGGUUCACAACACAGCUCUAUUGCUCGCGAGGGCGCAUCGCAGUCAGGAGAGGCCGAAUAAGGAGCGAACUAGUUUGUGAAGAGGCGUGGCCUACGUGACGUCACAGUAGUUGUGGAAGGGAGUAGGGAGAGCUCGAGCGAGCGCCUGCGCCAGUGCGGACUUACUUUGCCGUUGGCAUUCGGACGAGACAGUCGUUGCAUUAUAGUGUUGAAUUUCUGCUAGUAAUAAUAAUUUAAUGAUAAUUUGUAAUUCAUCAAAGAUUAAGAUUACACUUGUAAUAGUUUGUAUUUUUU